CAAAAACAACUCAAACUUGGAACAACUCAAAGUCAGAGAAACCUUAUAAAAGCACCAUGAUCCAACAGACACAAGAUUUGCAAAAGUAGUGUGAUCAAUGGAGUACAAACAUUUCAGCCAUCCACACAAUCUAAAACUCCAACCGCUUCAGACAACUAAACCCUCAGAUUAUCCACCAAUCUGCUCAGGCUGUGAAUCAGCCAUCUCUGAAUCAGCAACCGCAUACAUCUGUUCAACAUGUGACUUCAAUCUCCAUGAGCAAUGUGGAAACGCAGUGCGUGGGAUUCAACACCCUUCCCACGCGGGUCUCCACCACUUGACUCUAGUCCCUUACACAACAUACAGCGCUGGUACCUUCCUCUGCAGAGCCUGUGGCUGCACUGGAGGUAAAUGGUUCUCUUACUGUUGUCCUUUGUGUGACUUUGACCUCCAUGUUCAGUGCGCUCAGUUGCCUCAGGUUUUGGUUCAUGACUCUCAUCCUCUCCAUAGUCUUCUUCUUGUUUACAACAGUACUCCUCCUCCUGCUAUGUCUUUUACUCAGUUUGGUUACAUGAAUCAGCUUGUCUGCAAUAUCUAUAACCUGGGUAUGGAUGGUAGGUUUUGGUCUUAUAACUGUUAUGCUUGUAACUAUCAUGUUCAUGCUUCAUGUGCUGUGAAUAAGCCCAAACCUGUGGCUGCUUCUUCUGCUGUUGAGAAGUGUGGGACAACAAGUGAUGAAAGAAGGGCAGCGAGCGGUGAAUCUGUUCCUGCUCAGGGUUUGGAGACAGAGCAGACGCAGCGGCCAGCUGCAACAGCAGAGCAAGUGGAAGAUCCAGCUUUGAGGCAACAGCUUGAACUUCAGAAGCUUCAGCUUCAGCUAGAUAUGAGUUAUGCUCUGGCAAACAUGAUGGGCUCCUUCAAUCUCAGUUCUUUUGUUUGAAUUAUCUUUGUGUUCUCUGCUAUGUUGUCCUUUUCAGUUUGUUUGAUAUGAUGCAUUUACAAAUUGCACACAAAACAUGGGAUUGUCGUUGUUCUUGUGUUCUGAAUGUUCUCUGUUCUGAAUAAAAGUUUCAUCGUCUGGUUUCUUGUUCUAUA